AUGGCCGAAGUCCACGGUCUUACUGAUCGAAGCGCAGCAGGACUCGAUCUUGCCCGUGCCGACGCCAGCGCAGGACGCGAUACCGCUGCAGGAUUGGGCGGCAUUUGCGGACAUGGAGCUGGCAACCACGGCCAAGAUGACUGCAAAGCAGUGACCAUUCGCCGACGUGCCCAAGCACCAAGCAAGCAAGCAGCAAGUCAAGAGAAGAUCAUGGCCUCGUCCUCCUCCUCCGCUCCGGCCGUGUGGGACUCGGCCACGCAGACGUUCCACGGCGGCCAGGACUGGAAGUUCCUCGCCAACUUCGCCGAGGACUUCAGCGUGACGACCAACGCGCUGGGCACGCCCGCGCAGGCGCUGGCCGCGGCCACGCAGGCCAUGAGCACGGUGCACCACUACCCGCCCGCGGACUUCCAGCCGGCCAUUAGCCACCUGGCCGAGUUCCUGUGGCCCGAGACGUGGCAGCAGGACCUGCCGCUGCUGCUCAUGGGCAACGGCGCCAGCGAGCUCAUCGACCUCGUGAUCCGCAGCGUGCAGCCCGGCGGCUGGCGCCCCGGCGGCACCCUGACGCAGUACAAGGAGUACGAGCGCUCGAGCAAGGCCGACGGCCGCGAGACGCUGGCGUGGAACGACCCCAAGGCCGCGCUCACGUGCCUCGUGAACCCCACGAACCCCACGGGCGACUACAUGGACGUGGAGCAGAUGAAGAGCUACAUUGAGACCCACUGCCCCGACGACCACACCAUCAUCAUCGACGAGAGCAUGCAGCCGUGGGUGGGCCCGCAGUGGCGCCAGGACUCGCUCAUCCACCAGCGCGAGUGGGUGCAGCAGCUCAGCGAGACCCGCCGCAUCAACGUCUGGGUCAUGACGAGCUGGACCAAGAUCUGGUCGUGCACGGGGCUGCGCAUCGGCAGCGUCGUGGCGCCCACGCCCGCGCACGCCGCCGAGAUCAAGCGCAAGCAGGUGCCGUGGUCCGUCAACUCGAUGGCGCUGGCCUUCGUGUCCGCCGUGGUCAAGGACGACGCCUACCUGCAGCAGACGUGGGACGUGACCCCCAAGUGGCGCGCCAACGCCGUCGAGCAGCUCUCCAAGCGCUUCCCCACGUGGGAGUUCUUCGGCAAGUCCUUCCUGUCCUGGAUCUGGAUCGACACCAAGUCCGUCGAGACGUGCGACCAGGCCUGCAAGCUCGCCAAGGAGCACGGCGUGCCCGUGCGCAGCGGCAAGCCCGGCUACAACCUCCCCACCUACGUGCGCAUCGCCGUCCGCAGCCCGGAGCAGACCGCCGUGCUGCUCAAGGCCUGGGAGCCGCUCCAGUAA